UCGCUCUGCUGAGGAGAGCCCGGCUGCAGCGCUCGGGCGGGAGGCGGCGGGGGGCUCGCUGCACCCCUUCCCCUCCUCCAUCGUGUCCCGCGGCCGCCGGAGCGGCCUGAGGGACGGGCGGGACGCACGGGCCCUGCCCCCCUGAGGCGGCCGAGGGGCCCGGUGGGGCGGUGGGGGGCGGCCGCUGCCCCACUGCAGCGGCGCGGCCGGGGGGCCCUAGCGGGUUUUUCAGAGGGGUCUGAAAGCGGGCGGUGGAAGGCAGCCGUGUGCAGUACGCAGUGCGCAUUCGCGGCUUUUGAGCGUGUACCUCCAGAAACCACCGUGCUGCAGAAAUCUUCUCUGAGAUGCAUCCAGUCCUAAAGGCCUUCGUGUGUGGCUCCAUCAGUGGGACUUGCUCCACACUCCUCUUCCAACCCCUUGACCUGCUGAAAACCCGCCUGCAAACUCUGCAGCCUGCUGUGAAUGGGUCCAGUCGUGCUGGGAUGGUAACGCUGCUCUUCAGGGUUGUUCGUACUGAGAGUCUUCUGGGGCUCUGGAAAGGUGUCUCUCCAUCCUUUGCAAGAUGCAUUCCUGGGGUUGGGAUUUACUUCAGCACUUUGUACAUGAUGAAGCAAAAGUUUCUGGUAGACCGUUCACCCACAGCCCUGGAGUCUGUCUUUCUGGGUGCCACCGCACGUGCAGUAUCUGGGAUUUGUAUGUUGCCAGUGACUGUAGUGAAGACCCGAUAUGAGAGUGGAAGAUUUGGCUAUGGGAGUGUAUAUGGAGCUCUGAAGAAUAUCUAUCAGACAGAAGGGGCUCGUGGCAUGUUCAGCGGGCUCACUGCAACGCUGCUGCGGGAUGCGCCCUUCUCUGGCAUCUACCUGAUGUUCUACACGCAGACCAAAAACUUCACACCUCAGGACCAGCUGGAUCCAGUGCUCAUGCCCUUGCUCAAUUUUGGCUGUGGGAUCUUUGCGGGAAUCUUGGCCUCACUGGCAACACAGCCUGCUGAUGUCAUCAAAACACACAUGCAGCUGUCCCCGCAAAAGUACCGCCGGACAAGCCAGGCCAUUGCCUUCAUCUACAAGGACUUUGGGUUGGUUGGCUUUUUCCGAGGUGGUGUGCCCCGUGCCCUCAGGCGGACUCUGAUGGCAGCGAUGGCAUGGACAGUGUAUGAACAGAUGAUGGAAAAAAUGGGCUUGAAAUCUUGACUGACUUGCACAAGAAAUGAUCAGCUUUGCUCCUUCUCUUGCUUGCUGUGAUCGACUGGCACUAGGAAGUUCCCAGUUCCACAGAGGAAUAAGCCUUGCUCAGCCAGGACGAAGAAAGCCCUUCUGAGACAGAAGAUUAGGCCUCUUGGCAAGUAGAAGAAAGAAGGCUCGGAACUUUGGGUCAUUUGAUCAAUGCAUUUCAGAAGGACUGCGCUUGCAGACUGCCAGUGGGAAACGGCAGGGUUUCCACAGCCUGGUAACUAUGCUGAGAGAAAACCCCUUUUAAAAACAGCUUUAUGCUCGCCACCUUUAUGCAAUGAGAUGUUGCUGAGCAAAAGUGUUAGAGGAGAAAACAGUGACUGCAGAACCUGCCAGCCUUGCUGGUAAGGCCACAAUGACCCAACAUCUGAUGUAGAUCCUCCUUCAACAUAUGGUUUGUCCUCACGGGAAUGCUGCAGACCACGGUGGGGUGCUGGAUGUGUCUCUUAAUGCUUAUAUCGCAGGAGUGGGUGGAAGAGAAGUGAAGCACUGAAGGAAAGCUAGGAACAUGUCUCUGUCAUCACUUUUGUACUGUGCACAAUAGCAGAGACGGUAGCUGGAACCCCCUUGCUGUAUCAUCUGUUAUAUGUAAUUGAGCAUAUUAACCCUCUCGAAAUGUGCUUCUGCCUCCAUGGCAGUGUUUGCACAGGAAAUAAGAAGCAUAAGGCACUUUAGUGUUGUUCACUACCAAAGUUCUACUUGUUCUCUGAAAAACGUUUUUUCCUGCUGAUCUGACUAUCGGGAACACUCAAGUAUUGUUUUUAUCCAGUUGUACUAGAGACUAUUUGCUUCCUGUUGUUAAUUUGUUAAUCCUGGAUCAACGCCCUCUAAGCUGGUCCUUAGAUUUAGCUUUUAGGGUCAUAGCUCAUAAUGCAUAAAUGUAUAAUGAAAGCAGAUAUAGAUGCUGACACUUGAUAUUUCCCUUAAAAGCUGCUGCUGUUUGCACAUGGAGUAUCUUUGGGUUUGCUCUUUUCUGUAAGCUUUCUCUGAAGUUUGAGACCUAUGAGUAUUUGGUAGGGAACUUUAAUUCUCUGGCUCCACACAGACCCUUCACAGUUCCCCAGCUGAUGAUUGUUUUCUCUUAGCAAGUAGUCCAUGUUUCAGUAUUUCUGAGUUUAGACUUAGAGAUAAAUACACUUUUGUCAUCCACUGUGCCUUCUUCCUCAUUCCUGCUUUGUUAGAAAGACCUCAUAGUGUGUGCUGUCCGAACUUGGGUACAGCCUGCUCCUGUCUUCACUUGUGCCUCUGUGCUGGCUGGCUGGGAUGGGACUCCUGCAGCUCUGUUGGCGUGCCGCAAAGAUGGGCAUCGAAGUGUGCAUCCUGUUCUGUAGUGUGCCUUGCAGAAAACAUAGCUUUGGCUUUUAUUUUCUUAAAUAUCUAGGGAUAUUAAAAUUCACUUUAGAAACAUAGCAGAUGUCUCUAAAUAUGAAGACAUGACACUGUAGCGGUACAAAAAACCGGUACUGCCUACCUGUUGUUCGUAAAAUUUAGAGCAUAGUUUGCACAAUCACUGCCUACCCUGUCAAGCUCCAGAGCACAAGGGUAGAGGGAAUGUGGGUUGUAAAAGAUAUUCUUUGCCAGAUUCUAGCUCAAGAAGGUUUGAUGACUGACGUGAAAGUUAAGUCUGCAUAAAGUGUAAGGGGACAGGCUGGAGGCUUGUUUUUAGCCUCAGCUCAUCUGCAAGGAGAGACUGCUGCUACACAGCGCCAGAAUCUCCAAGAACGGUGGUGGAGGGUCCCAUGUGCAUGAGUCUAUAUGUUAAUAAAUAGACCACUGCAUCAAAUCAUUCCAUGUUGUGACUGACAAGCUGUCAGAUUCCCUCCGCUGCUGCUCACUGUCAGGCAUGUGGGCACGUCAUUGGCCAAAUCCUAAAUAUGAAGAACUGUUCCUUUCUUUUGCUGUCCCUCCUACCCUUAGUGACCUGAACUCGUGAGGAGGCAUGGAACAGCAGUAACUGCACAUCCUGCUGUUUGUUAUCCUGAGCACUGCUGGCACAGAGAGCUGGAGAACAAAGUCUAGGAUUGCUGACCUGGUGGAAUAAGGUGGCAAUCACAUGAGUUACCUCUUAUGUCUUUUACUUCCCGAUGCAUGGGAUCAAAGCAACAUAUUACACUGGAAGCCUGAAUUUUUUGGGGCUUUCUUAAUCUGGUGUGUGAGGUGGACCUACUCUUUGUCCUGGGCUGCGGCAGUCAAGAGCUGUCUGUGGCACUGUCUGCAAGAUGCUUCAUGAAUAUUUUUAGUUCCUGAUUUAGCAAUGGCAAAGCAGUGUGCAACUUGUGCAGACAGAAACUUAGGCUCUUAAAAAUGAGGCAAGCAAGCAAAGAAUGCCAGGUGAUAAAUCUUGAAUUAAGUAACAUCCUCAUCAGAAACUUGAAAUGCAGGAACACUUUGGUGGCUUUUAUGCCCUGUACUCCUGUCUGGUCACAUAACAAAGGAAGAACUAAAGAAUUUAUUCUGAUGUUAGAGAUAGUUAAAGUUUACAGGGUUUUUUCUUUUUGUUUGUUUGUUUUAAAUCUGGAUUCAGGCCUAAAGCAGUGUUAGCUUUUCCUUUGGGAAAGUUCUUCCAUUCCCCUCACUUUGCAGAGAAUGAGGAGGCUCUUUGUUGCAGUAGUAUGCUUUUUACUUGAAUUUACAUGAAUUAGCCUUGGCUCCUUUGAGUUUAGGAAAUAGGGAGUCUAAACUGCAUCAUCAACCCUUGGUGCUGCAAAUCCAAAAACUUCUCUACACAUGAGCUGGGGAGAGUGAGUUUUGUGGUGCAUGUUUGUUUUUUGUUUUUCUUUAUUAUUUCUUAUGUCAGGUCUCUCAUAUAUGGGAAAGCCUGAAGUUCUGUUUCAGUGUCUGCUGAAAGCUGUAUCACAAUGGCAGGCACAAGUCUGUUUCUCAUCUCUGAUCCUUACCAUCCUUCACCCUUUUCCCCUCUUCAAAAACAUUGUUUCUAAACUGAUUUAUUGAUGUUACUUCUUGAUAGCUAUAGAAAGUCAAGAAAAGAAAGUGUGUGGACUUGAAGCUUAGAUGUAUUGCCCUCGAGGCUGCGUGCUUCUGAUUAACAACAAAUGGUCACUGUACAACCUAAAUGCAAAGUAAAUAAAAGAUCCGGACACAGGUGCCUGAUCAUGUACCUGCAUCACACCAGCAGUUCAACACUAACAAUCCUAAUAGAUAAUAAUUUCCAAAGCCAUCUUGGCUUGGAUCCCAGAGAACGUGAUGAUCCCUUCUACAUAUGGCAUGAUCGCAGUUGGAUUCCUCUCGGAAUGACCUCUGUUGCUGGCAAUACACUCUUAGUGAACGUGCCUGGAUCUGCUUGCCCCUCCAGCUGUGUGUAAGAGCACAACUUGUUAACGUGUUGGGGCAGUAAGUAUUUAAGUGUAAGGACAGGAGAGAAAUAGUCUGGUUUAUGUUUUAGAAAUUUCACAUUUCCGUUCUUCCUGUGCCAAUGAUUUUUUUUUUUUUGUUGCACUGUUUAAACAGAACUGGAGCUUUGGAACAUUGCAUAGGUUUGAGUAUUGUGAGUGGUUUUGUGUCUAUAUAAAAUAUUUAUGUGAGAAGGUAUAUGUUUCUAUUAAAAACUGGUUGCCAAAAUGAA